UAUAGGAUGCUCCCUUGCUCCCUAUUUAGUGCAUGACUUAACCUCCAGUGUGCUGUCUGUCUGCACUGGACUCAGAACAGUUAUAGAGAGCUAUAGGAUGCUCCCUUGCUCCCUAUUUAGUGCAUGACUUAACCUCCAGUGUCCUGUCUGUCUGCACUGGUCUCAGAACAGUUAUAGGAGAGCUAUAGGAUGCUCCCUUGCUCCCUAUUUAGUGCAUGACUUAACCUCCAGUGUGCUGUCUGUCUGCACUGGUCUCAGAACAGUUAUAGGAGAGCUAUAGGAUGCUCCCUUGCUCCCUAUUUAGUGCAUGACUUAACCUCCAGUGUGCUGUCUGUCUGCACUGGUCUCAGAACAGUUAUAGGAGAGCUAUAGGAUGCUCCCUUGCUCCCUAUUUAGUGCAUGACUUAACCUCCAGUGUGCUGUCUGUCUGCACUGGUCUCAGAACAGUUAUAGGAGAGAUAUAGGAUGCUCCCUAUUUAGUUAUUUACUGUCUGUCUGUCUCUCUCUCUGUCUGUCUGUCUGUAUCUGCCCUUCUCUGUCUCCAGUGCUGUCUGUCUGUCUGUCUGUCUGUCUGUCUGUCUGUCUGUAUCUGCCCUUCUCUAUCUCCAGUGCUGUCUGUCUGUCUGUCUGUCUGUCUGUCUGUCUGUCUGUAUCUGCCCUUCUCUAUUUCGGUGCUGUCUGUCUGUCUGUAUCUGCCCUUCUCUAUCAUCAGUGCUGUCUGUCUCUCUGUAUCUGCCCUUCUCUAUCUCCAGUGCUGUCUGUCUGUCUGUCUGUAUCUGCCCUUCUCUAUCAUCAGUGCUGUCUGUCUGUCUGUCUGUCUGUAUCUGCCCUUCACUCUGUCUGUCUCUCGUCAUGUGUUUCCUCAGUUUGUGGUCUCUGACUGUACUCAGGUAUUCUGCUGUCUGUCUGUCUGUAUCUGCCCUUCUCUAUCAUCAGUGCUGUCUGUCUGUCUGUCUGUAUCUGCCCUUCUCUAUCAUCAGUACUGUCUGUCUGUCUGUCUGUCUCUAUCUGCCCUUCUCUAUCACCAGUGCUGUCUGUCUGUCUGUCUGUCUGUCUGUAUCUGCCCUUCUCUAUCAUCAGUGCUGUCUGUCUGUCUGUCUGUCUGUCUGUCUCUGCCCUUCUCUAUCUCCAGUGCUGUCUGUCUGUCUGUAUCUGCCCUUCUCUAUCUCCAGUGCUGUCUGUCUGUCUGUCUGUAUCUGCCCUUCUCUAUCAUCAGUGCUGUCUGUCUGUCUGUCUGUCUGUAUCUGCCCUUCACUCUGUCUGUCUCUCGUCAUGUGUUUCCUCAGUUUGUGGUCUCUGACUGUACUCAGGUAUUCUGCUGUCUGUCUGUCUGUAUCUGCCCUUCUCUAUCAUCAGUGCUGUCUGUCUGUCUGUCUGUAUCUGCCCUUCUCUAUCAUCAGUACUGUCUGUCUGUCUGUCUGUCUCUAUCUGCCCUUCUCUAUCACCAGUGCUGUCUGUCUUGCUGUCUGUCUGUCUGUAUCUGCCCUUCUCUAUCUCCAGUGCUGUCUGUCUGUCUGUCUGUAUCUGCCCUUCUCUAUCAUCAGUGCUGUCUGUCUGUCUGUCUGUCUGUCUGUCUCUGCCCUUCUCUAUCUCCAGUGCUGUCUGUCUGUCUGUCUGUAUCUGCCCUUCUCUAUCACCAGUGCUGUCUGUCUGUCUGUCUGUCUGUCUGUAUCUGCCCUUCUCUAUCAUCAGUGCUGUCUGUCUGUCUGUCUGUCUGUCUCUGCCCUUCUCUAUCUCCAGUGCUGUCUGUCUGUCUGUAUCUGCCCUUCUCUAUCAUCAGUGCUGUCUGUCUGUCUGUCCGUAUCUGCCCUUCUCUAUCAUCAGUGCUGUCUGUCUGUCUGUCUGUCUCUCGUCAUGUGUUUCCUCAGUUUGUGUCUCUGACUGUACUCAGGUAUUCUGCUGUCGUGUAGUCUCUGUUUAGGGUCAAAUAACAUUCCAGUUUACUUUGUUUUUGUGUUGUUUCAUUCCAAUAAGUUCUGUACUUUUCUUUUUGUGUGUUGAUCAUGUGGUUGUGCCGGAUUGUGUGGAUGAGGGUGUCCGUGUCCUGAGGAUGAUUAUUGUUAGUCGUGUUAGUCUGUGUGUGGAGCCUCAGGACCAGCUGGAUGAUGGGACUCUUCUCAGCGUUCAUUCAUGGUCUCUCUCUCUCUCUCUCUCUCUCUCUCUCUCUCUCUCUCUGUCUCUCUCUCUCAUCUUUAUCUCUUAUUUUCCUGCAGAAGGGGAAAAUCAGUGACAUCAAUCGUCAUUUCUCUCAUUUUCACGGCUAUAAACCGACGCAGAACUAUAUGGAGACGUGGUAUCAUGUGUGUGUAGACGCGGGUCCUGCCGUGGUGUC